AUGCACUUUCUGACUCUCCUCGCCUUGGCCGCCGUCUUUGGAGCCACCGUAGCCAACCUUCAGUGCUAUUCGGAUUAUAACGCGAACGGCUUCCAGCAUACGAGCAGCAAAACGAAGCAAACCUGCGGAGAUGGAUGCAAGUUCUGUAAGAAGACGUACAGUCAGUUGGGAGGGAUCAAUGCCGCCGAAUGGGGUUGUGGCUGUGAUGCGACUGGACAAUCUUUUGAGAUUUGCACGGAAAAGGGCAAAUUCGACCGUUCUCCCAACAACAACAACCAAGUCGAGCUGAACUGCUGUACCGGAAAUUUAUGCAACGCGGCUGAGCGUAGCUCGCUAUUUACCGUACUCACCACCGUAUGCUCGGCGUUGGCCGUCGCUUUGAUGAAA